CGAAAAAGUUUUUAAAUUUGUAACAAAGUCUAUUCACCCCCCCCCCCCCCUCUAGACUUUGUAUCUCACCACUUAGGGGACCACCAAUUGGUAUCGGAGCUUACUUCUCACUAUCUACAUUUAGAUUAAAGAGAAGCAAUCAUAAUGGUGAACAAUAUGGAUCACGGUUUGCCCAAGUUUUCUCUUCUAGGUUAUGAUGAUUGGAAGACCAUGAUGGAAGCACACCUCUACGCCCUGCAUGAUUGCAUGUGGAUGGUGCUUGAAGAAGGGCCAUUGAAGAUUCAAAUGGAAAAUCCAGAGAGGGAUCCUAACAAUCCAGACGUAGUCAAGUACAUUCCAAAGCCCAAGGAUAAAUGGGAUGAUAGAGAUUGCAAAAAGCACAAUCUUGACAACGUCGCCAAGGCAGCCAUCUUCAAGACACUUUAUCCCAUCACCUUUUCCAAAAUCAAGCAUCUCAAAACCGCCAUGGAAAUAUGGCAAGGUCUUGGGAAGCUGUGUGAGGGAUCAAAGGAUAUGAGAAAGCAGAAAAUACAGAUCAUCAAUGAUCUCCAUGUCCUUGGGAAAGCAUACUCAAACAAAGAUCUUAUUCGGAAAAUCCUUCGGAGCUUAACACCGGAAUGGCGUUCAAAAGCCGAUGCCAUAUAUGAGUCGAUAGGUAACACCAACGUCACCAUCGAUGGUCUUCGAGGUAAUCUUAAAACUUAUGAAUCUACUAUUCUUAAACCUUCUCUUGACAAGAGUCAUGGUCUCGCUCUCAAAGCCUCAUCCUCAAAAAGGGUAGAGGUAAGUGACUCUGAUAGCGAUGACGAUAAUCCUUCAUAUAACUUGCUCGAAAAAUUCCAAGAGUUUUUGAAGGAAGAACUUGGGUCCCGAGAUUGUAAAAGAAAGGGGGAACCCGUUCCAACGUGCUUUGGUUGUGGAGAACUUGGCCACAUAAAGCCAUAUUGCCCAAACCGCAAGGAAAAGAAGAAGAAGGAACGAGCAUACAUGGCAUGGGAUUCGGAAAGUUCCGGUGACGAAACUGCCACCUUAUGUCUUAAGCCACAUGAACGAAAUGGAGAGAGCCAAUACUGUGGCCAGCUUUAUAAGUGCCUAUACGGCGCCGGUCGGCUAGGCCAUGGUUUUGGACUAGCCAUCUACCCAGCGAUGGUAGAUAUCACCCAUCCACGGAUAAGUGAUCCCGGGAUUCCAGAACCAUGCCACCCAGCGAUGGGAGAUAUUACCCAUCCAUGGGAAGCCACUAAGUACCCAGGUGUCUGGUACUUAGACAAUGGCUGUUCAAGACACAUGACGGGUGAUGCGAGCCUUUUGAGCAAUCUAAUUCCCUAUGAUGGUCCAAGAUUUACUUUUGGAGGAAGCAAUGAUUUCGGCCUUACAAAGGGGCUAGGAAAUCUGGUGUACAAGGGAUUAACCAUCCAGGCUGUAUCUUAUGUGGAAGGUCUCAACUAUAACCUUCUAAGCAUAAGUCAGUUCUGUGAUAAAGGUUAUUCUCUGGAAUUCUACAAGGACAUGGCAUCCCUCAAGAACAUCUCCACAAAUAAAGUCAUUCUCACUGGGAAGAGAAUAAGGAACAUCUACGAAGUGUUGUGGGAUGAUGUCAAGGAAGCAUGCCUAAUCAGCAAAGGUGACACUAACCUUCUAUGGCUUUGGCAUAAGAGGUUAAGUCAUCUCAACUUCAAAACCCUCAACAAGCUGUCAAAAAAAGGGUUAGUGGAAGUUGACAAACCAUCAAAGCAUGAUCAUGAGGUUCUGGAUCUCUCAAACAAAGAUGAAGAAGUCAAUGAAGGAGAUAGAAUGAAGCCAAUGGAGUUCAUUCCAUUCGAAAGUCUAUCAUUGAAGACUACACAGAGAAGUCCGGAUUCAGACUGCGUUGAGCCUACCGGAAAUCAUGACCAGCCUUCCGAAAUCCCGGAUCUCUCACAUGGCGACAAUUCCGGAAGUGGUGACCCAGUGCCAACCCAUCCAGAAACUCCAACAAACUCCAUUCUUCAACCAGAAGCAGAACAAGAUUAACCAGUCAACCCUAAUCAACACAAUCUUCAUUG